CUCCACGACCUCUCAUCUCCGCGACAACAUCAAGACGCUCAAUACCUUAUCUCGUCUGAAUCGUCGCCAUGUUCCGCAACAACUAUGACAACGACUCCGUCACCUUCUCUCCUCAAGGCCGCAUUUUCCAAGUUGAGUACGCACAGGAAGCCGUCAAGCAAGGUUCAGUCGUCGUCGGCAUCGUCAGCAAGACACACGCAGUGCUCGCCGCCCUGAAGCGCAACGCAGAAGAGCUAUCAUCGUACCAACGCAAAAUUAUCCCGAUCGACGCACACUAUGGCAUCGGCCUUGCUGGUCUCGCUUCCGACGCACGAGUGCUCUCCAACUUCAUGAAGCAGCAAUCCCUCGCCUCUCGAUUGACCUACGAUCGCCCCAUCCUCCUUUCCGAGAUCACAUCCCGCAUCGGUGACCGCGCUCAGACAAACACCCAGCACUACGGCAAGCGACCUUACGGUGUUGGCCUGCUCAUCGCGGGUGUCGAUGCCAAGGGUCCUCACCUCUUCGAGUUCCAGCCUAGCGGAGUCACACAAGAGAUGAUUGCAUGUGGUAUCGGCGCGCGCUCGCAGAUGGCUAGGACAUACCUGGAGCGGAAUUUGGAUGAAUUUGAGGGUGCAAGCCGCGAGGAGUUGAUCAAGCACGCGCUGCGGGCGUUGAAGGACAGCUUGAGCCAGGACAAGGAGCUCACGAUCGACAACACAAGCUUAGGGAUUGGCGGUGUGGAUGAGGCGUUCAAGCUGUACGAGGGACAGGAGAUUGCGAACUGGCUGGAGACGACAUUCGAGAACAAGCCUGAGAGCGGCGAGGGUGCGGAGAGCAUGGAGGUCGAUUCAUGAUAGAGACUUCCGGAUGCAGGUACUCGGGCACGGCGAGGCAUUCCGGAAGACUGGAAGAACAGGCAUGAUGGCGUGUAUAUUACGCGAAUGCCACAGACGAAAUGAGCGCGGUCAGCAUCGCGUCUUACAAGAUCCAAAGUCGAUGGUACGAAUCAUCAGCGAGGUGAGGAAAUCAAAAACCAUUGACAAA